AGGUCUGGAAAUGAGGAGCUGUUCGAAGUAGGCUCGUAAAAAACGCACACCGCCAACCGGUUAGCAACACUGCUCCCCGAGGCAACAGAUUGGCGACGCCGCGCCCAUUGCCAACGGACUGAAAAGAUCGCGCUUGUAACCCCCAGAGCGGAAAGAAGGCAACCAAAUGGAAGCGCAGGGGGAGCAAGAUGGGGGGGGAGGCAAAAAAGUGUCCAUGAAGUCUAUUCAGUUCAUAUGGAAAAAGGCGCAGGAGUUGGAAAGGGACCAUUUGCUAGGUACCCCGCAGGGGGGAAAGAGGAGAGGCCGCAGCGGCGCGCGAGUGUGCCUGAAGAUAUGCACACGAGCAUGCAUACAUAUAUAUAUACAUACAUAUGUGUGUAUAUAUUGCCAUAUUCAUUUAUGCACAUGGGCGUGCCGCCCCUGCACAACUGCAAAGCAGGCGGACGAACAACGCCCACCCCCUUUCCCCGUCGUUUCCCAAAUGAGCAGUUUCCUUCCUGUGCACCCUGUACAUCGUGGAGGAGCUCAACGAAUACGUAAAGGGCAAUAGCACCGAUAUAGAGGCAAAAGAUAUAUUCCUGCAGUGUCUAGACAAGGCCGAACAUAUCCGCCCAUCUUUCGACGCAGUGGAGUACACGAAGUUAGCCGAUUUUUGCAAAA